CAACUGUAGAAUUGUUGUGAACCCAAUGUGAAGCAACAAUGGCCGACAAAGAUGCUCUGCAGCAGUAGCAAUAUCACAUGAUCCAAGCAACCAAUGGGACGUACAGCACCAGACUUUUUUGUAAUAUAUGAUAUGAUUGGUUCCUACGUUUUGGAUCAUGGCCAGUAAUUGGCGUCUUUGUGGUUUUUGUGAUAGUCGUCAGAUAUCCAAAUCAUCAGUAGUCUGGUGCUUUGAAUGUGACGAAGGACUAUUCGAAGAUUGUAAGGAACAUCACAGUGUUUCAAAGGGAACAAAAAACCACGAAACUGUUUCCAUCGAUGGGAACAAAAAGUUACAAACCGAAGUCCUGCAAAUCGUUCAAGUCUGCAAAAAUCAUAAUGAGAAAUUCGAGCUUUUCUGUAGAAAACACGAUUGUCCAUGCUGUAAGAAAUGUGUGAAAUCUCACAACGAUUGUAAAGGUUUAACCGACAUUAAUGAAAUCAUAAAAAACGUCAAAACCUCCAACGCCUUUUACGAAAUCGAACAAAACCUGCUUGAAGUCAUCGAGAAUAUUAAACGGCUCAGCACUAACCGAAGAGAAAAUUUGAAAUCGCUAGAAAACAAGAAAAAAGAAAUUGAAGCACAAAUAAAACACACUAGAACCAAAGUAAAUGAUCACCUAGAUAAACUUCAAGAUGAUUUGAUGAAAGAAUUAAUUACAGUUCAACAAAAAGAAAGCAUCAAAAUACAAAAAUUGUUGACUACUCUAAAACAGAAGGAAAAAGAGAUUACUGAAGUACAAGAAAAUAUAACCAGUAUUAAACGGCAUGCGUCCGAACUUCAAACAUUUUUAACCAUGAAAGAUAUCGAAAAAGAUAUUGCUGUCGAAGAAAGAAAUAUUCAAUCGCUUACUACAAGUGAAACCACAAAUCAAGUCAAUAUUUCAUGUCAAAUUGACAAGUCUUUACAGCAAAUCACAGCCAGCGUACAGAAGUUUGGAGAAAUUAAUUUCUGUUUUGAUCUAUGUGAUUUUUCCAUUCAGAAAAAAAAGGAGAGACAAGCUCAAAUUAUAGUAGAAACCAGAAAUAUCGAUAGCGUGACUUUGACGUUACAGAAACGUAUCAAUACAAAGUUGUCAGGUGUCCAUGGUUUUUCUUUCCUACCUGAUGGUAGGAUGGUAUUCUCUUGUUAUGACCAAAAUAAAAUAAGAGUACUCAAGUCUGACGGAUCAAAAGAUUUCGAAAGAAAUAAAAUUGGUCUUACGUUUGAUGUGGUAUUUAUUGGGGAUGAUUCUAUAGCUGUAACAUCUGCAAAAUCAGAUAAGAUUAAUAUAAUCGACUUAAAGAAUCACAAACUGAAGAAAACAAUAGAAGUUAAUUCAUACAAUGGUGGAGCAGUAUACAAAGAUGGACAUUUGAUUUAUUGUGCCAGGAAGAAAGGACUACAGAUGAUUAGUCUUAGUGAUGAUUCCAUUACCAAUGUUAUCAAAAACAAACUUCCGACAUGGUCGUACGUUACAACAUUCGGUGACAAACUGUUCUACACAAACUGUGAAAAUGAAAGUGUAACCUGUUGUGAUUACCAUGGUAACAUACGGUGGACGUUCUGUGACACAAAUGUUCUGGAGUUCCCACUCGGUAUCUCUGUAGACAAUAAUGGUAACGUAUUUGUAGUGGGAUAUCUUACUCACAAUGUAGUCGUCAUCUCUGCUGAUGGACGACACUACAGACAACUUUUAUCACGUAAAGAGGGACUGAACAGACCCACGGUUCUGCAUUAUGAUCAAUCUACCAAACUAUUGGUAGUCGCAAAUAGAGCCAAAGACGCGUUCUUGUAUGAAGUUAAUGAUUAGUUGUGGUGUUGAUGGUUCCAGUAUUCGUCUUAGGACUUACGUUGAUCUAGAUUACUGACUAUAUUUCAGAUAAAUCACUUGGUUUUAUCUAAAUUUGUUUAAUUUACAUUCUUUGCUAAUCGGGACCACUGUUUGUUCAUAAUAACAUCAUUUGCCUAAUUGAUAAAUGGUAUGGUUUAUAUUA